ACUUGUUUCUGAUUGGCUGAACGGUGUCAAUAAAAAGGUGAUAAAUUACUUGCCCCGGUGAUGAUCAUCUGAAGGGCAAGUGAAGGGCACGCCGGAUUGAAAGCUUCCUAGUUUUUCUGUGGAAUUCAUGUCAGAAGUAGAUUUGCCUGUAUCCUAUAGUUAUAAUGGGAAAGUCUAUAAACUUUAUUUCUAUCUGUUAGAGCUCAGGCCUUUUUGUUUGUUUUAUUUCAGAGUUGUGGUUCAUUUUUAUCCAAACAUAGUCCGUGCACAUUUGUCGCUGAACUAUAAUGUUUUCCUUUCUUUGUUUCUUUCUUUCUUUGUUUCUUUCUUUCUUUCUUUCUUUCAUCCUCGUCUCUGUUAUAGCUCAGCCCUAUUUUGUUUAAUAACUGUUGAUAAAUAGUAAACAUUUAUUGCUUGUCUGUUAUUUCCUUGUUUUCAUGUCAGAGACCUGGUUAAUUUUUAUCCAAACACUUGUCACACAUGUUUCACACAUGACUGUGUUGUUUUCAUUCCAGUAGAUAAUGAGCUAAUAAUUUUACAAUGUCCUGUAAAUUGUCUUUAUUUUUGGCUCAUAUUCAGAUACUGUGUAGUUGUGUACAGGUAAAAGUGUUUGCCCAGUGGUUUUGACCUGUGACAUCACACCAGCAGUGCAGACACCCUCUCUGAAGCGUAUAAAAGAAAGUGGCCUUUCAGCUGUCUCUGAAAGAUUCUCAAUAACAUCCAACGGUGAAGAUCACGUUCUACGAAGACUUAAACAAAGACUCCGACACCAACAUGCUCUUGUUCCUGUUCAUGUUCGGUCUGGCUCUGGGUGCUGUGUCUCCUUCAGAUGUCCAUCAGGUGAAGCUACAGCGUGGCGCCUGUCCCAUGUUCUGGUACAGCUUCAACGGCCGCUGCUACAAGUACAUCGCCACACGUAUGACCUGGGCUGAUGCAGAGCUCCACUGUGUGUCAGAGGGAGCCAACUUGGCAUCUAUCCACAGUCUGGAUGAACAUAAUUUUGUCAAAUCCCUGAUCAAGAACUUUGACCCUGCACAGGGAAGGACCUGGAUUGGACUCAGUGACACCCAGAAGGAAGGACGAUGGAUGUGGUCUGAUGGGUCUGCAGUCAACUUUGUCUUUUGGCAUGCAGCACAGCCAGACAAUUGUGGAAGAACUGAACAUUGUGUUCACAACAACUUUGGCACAGAAUUAAAAUGGAAUGAUCAUCAGUGUUAUCAGACAUACACUUUUGUUUGUGCAUCUCGCACAGUUUGUCCUUAGCAACCAAGAAGGUUAUAACUGAUUGAUCUCAGUAACUUUCCACCCCUUGCUCUGUGGUAAUACAUUAAGACUGCACGAUAACGAUACAAAAGUUUGUACAUAUAUAAUUCUUCUCAUGUACUGUUUGACUAUGAAGAUGUUUCUAUGUGUUUUAUGCAAGUAUAAAAUACUUUGGGAUUUCCACCAAAAGA